AUGGGGAGCAAGCAAUUUGAAUCCCAAAGGGAUUCACACUAUGCUGACACCAUUCUCAACAAUAACCUCGAGUUUCCUGUUGAUUUGGUAUUCCCUACAAGUGAAUCUUUGAAGCUAGCCAUCAAGGAGUAUGCAGUUAAAGAUCAUAAGGCUAUGAAAGUGGUCAAGAAUGAAAAGAAGAGGAUCCGGGCAAAGUGUAAGGAUGGUUGCCCUUGGACUUUGUAUGCUGCCGCUACUGUUGAUGGUUUUUCAUACAAGCGAGGUUUAAACAAUGCUAUAGUGGAUGUUGUACAUGUGGAUGUCACAAAAUGGCAAUUCUACAGAGCUAGAGAGGUUUCUAGGAAUAUUAUUGAAGGGUCAGUUAGAGAGCAAUACUACAUGCUCCGUGACUAUUGUGAGGAGAUUAGGGCUAAAAAUCCUAGAUCAAGUGUGAUAUUGAAGUGUAACUCAGAGAUUGAAGGGUACAACAAGUUACAAAGAAUUUACAUUUUCUUGGAUGCUUGCAAGAAAGGCUUCAUGUCCGGUUGUAAGCCAAUUAUUGGGCUUGAUGCUUGUUUUGUCAAGGGUUACCAUAAAGGGCAGCUUUUAGUAGCUAUGGGAACGGAUGCUGAUAAUGCUAUAUAUCUUAUAACUUUUGUUGUUUUGGAGUCAGAGUGUUAUGACUCAUGGAGGUAUAUCAUGAAGCGCAUCGAGGCUAAGAGUUCAAGCAUACUUAGUUGGAAGAACCCUGUUGGCAAGAGCGUUUGGAAGAUUAUCGAGGAAAACAAGAAACAAUCUAUCAACUGUCGACUGAUCGACUAUGCUGGAGAUCUUGCUUUUGGGGUGCAACAUUAA